CUUCCUGUUGUGUGAGUGUAGCUCGGUGCUUAGCUCGGGCAGAAAUGGAAGAAUUCGCGCGGCGAGGAGAAACACACAACCUGCCCGCGAAGCAACGCGCCCUCCCCGGGCACCGGUGGACCGACUAGACCGCUCCGAAGCAGCGGGCAGCAGUCCCACCUGCCGCGGGGCUCCAGUCACCCCCCCGCCCCGCCUCUGGUGUCCGCGCCAUGGCUCUCAGCUCGGGCGGCUGGGCUCCUCCAGCCCCGGUGCCUGCCUCCUCCUCCUCGGCCCAGCAGGCUGCCUGCGGCGGGCCGGCGCCGGCCGCCUGCUGCACCACCGUGCUGAUGUCCGUCCGGGUGUCGGUGUGCCACUCCGGGAUCCGGCCGCUUUGCCUCCCCGGGGCGGGCAGCGAGACCCUGCGGCUGCAGCUCAGCAUGGACCCGGGCCGGGCCGGAGAGUUCCGCCUGGCGCUGCGAGACACCAGCGGGAACCGCAGUGUGUUCAUUGCGGAGUUCGACCUGCGCUCGGUGCAGUACGAGGUCAAGUCCCCUCGCUGCCAUGAGAUGCGACUCGCGGCUCCACCACACGACUGCAUCCGCUUCAACUUCCGCUGCGACCGGGAGGCGGAGGAGUGGGCCACGGUGGUGAUGUCAUCACUCAGAGAGGCACAUAGAGUUGCAAACAUCAACCUGUACGACUCAGAUGCCAGACAGAACCAUACGGUAGCAGCCAUGGAGCAGUGGAGCGCCGCCUCGCUGCCGGUAACUGAGGAGCUGUGCUUGGAGCUCGCCAGGGCCAUCGAAGCAGGCGACACUCAAGCCGCCUCCCAGCACGUGUCCGCUCUGGCUCGACAAAAAGCGGUGCUGACGAUCCAGCUGUCUGAAAAGAACUACGCAGAAGGGGAGAUUAGUCUGUCUGUGGUGGUGGAGGAUGUCUCGUCGUCCUGUUGCGUCACAGUGAAAGUGUUCCCCUACAUGACGGUGGCUGCCCUCAAGCAACAGGUGUUUCUCGAGUACGGUUUCCAUCCUCGCGUGCAGCGCUGGGUGAUCGGUCAGUGUCUGUGCACCGAGCCGAGGUCGCUAGCGUCGUACGGCGUGCAGAAGGACGGGGACACGGCGUACCUCUACCUGAUCUCCGCCCGGCAGGCCCGCGUUACCCGCCAGCUGUUCCAGCAGGACCUGGAGAGCGCCCUCCUCGCCCCGCCGGUCCCCCCGGGCAAUGGACCCGUCUCGCAGGAUUGGAGGGCUUACAGCACGCUGCCCUCCAGGCUACCACACAACAACCAGGGCGGCGCAGCAGGAGGCGGAGGCGAUAGACCAGCUGAUAUCAAAGAUGUCCUCGAUUUAGAGAAUCUGCGCCUGAGUGAUCACACCAACAAAGCCAGUAAAACACAGACCGAGUGGGCGUGUCCCUCAUGCACUUUCAUCAACAAACUGUCUCGUCCGGGCUGCGAAAUCUGUGCCACAGCCCGACCCGACACACACAUCCAGCAGGAGAAAGGGAGGAGAGAGGAGCGGGGGGAGCCUGGUCUGAGCAGCAGCAGCUGACUGCCCAUCAUCACCCUCCUGUUGCAUUAUCUCACUCACACACACAUACAUGCACACAUACGCAGAGUGAGGAUGCUGCAUCCGCCACAUACAUGUCGACAUAAUACUCCCAUGCAGUCUGUCGAGUGCACUGAGAGUCGUCCGACAGCGAGCUGCUGUAGCAUGACACCGGCUCCGACCACGGUGGACGCUCGGAGGAGGAACUGCGGCAUCAAGCUUUGACCAUUCAUGAUGAUGAUGCUCCUGACAUACAUCUGAAUUUGGCCAGAACUCUUUAUUUAUUUUACAGGAUGUGUGUGUGUGUGAGUUUGUUUGUUUGUUUGUGCGUGUGUGUGUGUGUGUGGUGCAAACAGCAAAGUCUGAUUUAAUAUUUAUUUUCGGGAAGAGAGAAGUGAUUCCUUCUCGCGUGAUUGCGUCUGAAGUCGAGAGGACGUCGUACUUUCAGUUCCUGCGACUGUGAAGCGAGAGGAAAGCUGAAGCUCUGUGGGAACAUCCCGCUCUGUUCAGGUGUGUCAUCUGUCGGUGCCAAAAUGUAGGGAAUUGAAAAAACAGUGCGAUGAAAAAAUGAACAGAAGUAACGAUGUUGCGUUUACAGGGUUGUCAAGUGCUUUUAUUUUUUAUAACGGUGUAUCAAGUGUAUUAUUUUUAACGAGAUCCGUCGAAUAAUUGAUGUAGAUUUUAUCCGUUGAUCUAAUUUUACCCGAUUCCCUCCGGGCUGUGACAGCGAUGGAAUGAUCUGUUUUCAGUACAUAAUACUGUAAAAACUUGCAUUAGCUGAAUAAACAUAAAGGAACUAAACCAAUCAUGUUCUAUCUAUUGAUCUAUUUUUCUACGAUUCACUGAUCGAUGGACAAAUUGUUCUACAUCAGGUUUUAAUUGUAAUCAACCUUGUGUCUUCAUGGAUUCCAUUGGUUGAUCCACCACUAAACGUAUUAAAUUGCCAUGAAAUCCAGUGCAGACAUUUAUGGUUCCCAGAGAAUUUCAGACAAGGACAUUGUUGGUUCCCCCAAGUUUUACUCUGGUAUCACCUGCAGGUUGAUAUUUUUGGCUUUCAGUGAAAUUUAUUGAUUACAUCUGAGAACUGGAACAUGAGCGCAACCGUAGUGAUCGUCCUGACAUGUUACUCUGAGGAUGAAUUCAGUCGACUUUCUGUCUUUUCCUCUUGUGCCUCCGUCUAGUAACGUUUGGAAGUAUCUUCCAAAAUAUCUCUGCUAGAUGGAUGAGAAAAAAUGAAGUGUAGAUAUUCUUCUUUGAAGUUGACAUAAUUUCCUCAGUCUUGAGGUUUUAUUCAAGUGCAGUAAAAUAAAGAAAAUGCUCCAAA